AUGUCUGAAGUAAUCGUCCCCCAGAAUCAGAGUCGAGCCAUGGGUGGUGGAAUAAAGAGAGACUACCAGGGAAAGGAAAAGGUGAUAGACAGCAAGGCUACUAAGGAUAUGCCUCGCAACCAAUAUACUUCCAUGUUUGAGUCUUUUCGCGACGAAUUGGACGAGCAUCAUGAUCGCCGUAUGAAGAUUGGAAAGGUUUCCCGAGAUGUCACAGCUCUCAGUAAGAAGAUAAUCUUCUCACUGCAACGUGUCCGCAAGCUGAACCAGCCACUCCCCCCUCGCAUCCAAGCAGACGUCGAUGAGCGUCUAAAGGAGAUAGCAGGGCACCUAACUACCAUCGAGUCAGACGUGAUCGGAAUGAACCGUUACCGGUAUCCGUUGAUAUGUCUAGAAGAAUUUGUUGAAGCAAUCUCGUUCUCUCAUUACCUUCAACACCAGAAACUCCUCUCACCGUCACAGGCCCAAGAUGCCCUUCCAGCUGACAUAGCACUAACGGCCCCUGACUACCUAUUCGGUAUAUUCGACCUAACCGGUGAGAUGAUGCGUUUCGCAACUGCUAUCACCGCGCUAAGCGGAAGCAUGCCGGGGUCAGGCACUAAAGGCUCCGAUGAUGGCCGGACUAUCUUGAACGAUCUUCAAGAUGUAAGUUCCAUGCUUCAGAUCUGUCCGCCCGCCGGCGGAAAGCCGAGCGUCUACGCCAAGAAGUUGGACAUCAUGAUCGAGCAGGUCCGGAAGGUGGAGAGAGUCGGAUACGGUAUCACAGUCCGGGGUAAUGAGCGGCCGAAGGGUUGGAUGCCGGAUAUGAAUGAGUCUGGCGGGUUUGAGAGGGAUCGGGAGGACGUGUCUAUGGAUUGA